AAACAUGAAACCUUACGAAAGUUUUGUAUUUCCCGACAUUCCUGCCGAUAUAAGAGAGAAGCUGUUUCAACAGGAUAAACCAAUGGUUGUUGUCGGGGUUUUGGGCAAAUCGAAUGAAGCGCAUUCCAACAAAUUGCUAGACUUCGACAUCCUUCACACGCAUCCAUCGCUAACCGACGAUUCAGCAGUCGACGGUCGCGUAAAGUUCUACUUUCGACCAGAAGGGCAAACGUUAUUUCUACAUUUCGAUGCUCCGUUCGACAACUUCGUUCUUUUAAAUUUAGCCGAACGGAUAAUGCUUGAAAAGGGCGACGAAUCACCGUUACACUUUAUCGAAUUUAACAGUGCAAUACGGACCCGUUUCGCUAGAGUGCUUCUGUUUGCCCUGCAAGUAUGCCACAUCCUAGUCCUGGUGGAAUCGUCAGCAUCAUUCGAUAUGUCCUACCUGUCCAUCUUCAAAUCAUUGAAAAUAAUUCGCGAGAAGUAUGUGCUGAAGUUUUUACCGAAAAUGUUAAAAAGCGCCAAUGUGGGAUCGUUCAUGGGAAAGGACUGUCGGCUGUGCAGUCCACGAUUGCUGUUUUUGUUCAAUCUUCCGGACAAUGGUGAUUCUCGUGUGCUCGAUGAGAUUGAUCUACUUGAAACGAAGGUGGAGGACUAUAUCAACAAAAUGUUACGGAACGAGUUCAUCAUUACGAACAACAGUACGAUGUCACUGUUUUCCUUGCCCAAAACGAGACAGUUUGUGUUCUACAACGAUUCAAAAACACGCAAUCAAGAUCCGCUGCUAGAUUCCAUAGACUUGCUUUCGAUGUAUCUUGGCAAACAGCAGCAAACCAGUACGGGGACGCUUCCCGAAAGGGAUGAGCAGGAAAUUUUGGAGCUUGCCAAACCGUACGAUUGCUUCGGCUUUCCAUUAAAGUUUAAAUUCGACCUUAAAGACCCGGGAGCCGACGAAGAACGAAGCAUAUUCGGUCUUGUGCAGGAGCACGUGGAGGAUGCGCUGGAAACGGGCUUUGAAGAAAGUGAGGGUUCCGGAAGACAAAGAAUCAGAACACAUUUUGCGCUUCCUACCACCGAGGCAUGGUACGCGAUGUUCAAAUACAUGCACGAACUGUUCAUCGACAAUCCCAACGAUCCAUACUACGAUGCAUACGAUCCGGAUUAUAGCGCCUAUUUGCAAAACUUUCACGAUAUCGUUGACAUUGAUGAGCGCUUUUUUGGCGAAAUAUGUGAGCAUGGUCUUGACUUGGCGAUGCUUAAGUAUAAGGACAUGUUACCACCCCAUUACAGUGCAUCUUUUCAUGAAACAAAAUAUCAGGAAGCGUUAGCCAUUCUUCUAGAGUACGCACGUGGUCCAGAGCUGAAAGCCAGCAUCGAACGACUAAAAGAAUACUGCGACACGAUAUGGCAGAGCGGUAAACAGCAGUGCGAGUAUCCGAGUCUGCGUGGCAAUCCUUGCGUGAUGGGCAUGCACAAGACAAUCGAUCCGGCCGAACAUUCGAGUGGAGUAAUUUAUGCCUCCUCGUGCAACUGUGGACGAACGCAAGGGCAUCGCGAGGAUCCGUACACGAUACGGCAGGCAAACUAUGAGUUUUACCAAAUUAUAGCCAAGAGUUGUAGCAACUGUAACCGCUUGGAACGGGUACAGUUUCCCGUUUUUGAACCUUCCAUAAGUGAUUUUCGGGCAGCGGAAUUUAUAAACAAAAACUUUUCCAACUUGAUGUCGUUCGACAGCACCGGUCGAACGGCGUCGGACAUGGGACCCAUUGUUAGGCCCAUUCCUGGCCAUUCGCCAUUUAUCUCCGGUAGUCAGCGAAGUCAAAACAGUUCGGCCAGCUUAAGCUUCAACAUUGCGUCUGAAGGCGAAGAAGACGACGAGGAAGGAAAUGUUGUUCAAAAGGAAAGCGAGCGCCGUAGCCGUCAAGAGCAGAAUCCAACCGAGGACCGAAACGAAGCGACCGAACAAGAAGGCAAACGCACCAGCAAGGAUGAAGACGCACUGGACGCGAGUAACGAAGAAGUGAACGAAAUAGUGAUAAAGCUAGGUAAAUUAAAACAUAACACAGGCUCCUCGUCUGGUGAGAUGGAGCAUCCGGUGGCACCGGCCAGACUGCCCUCCACAACCGAGUACCUGCCAGGAAUGUUACACUCCGCAAGCCCAGCUGGCUUACUGCCCCGAUUCCCGUCGUGGUCGUUAGUGUGCUUAGGUUCCAGCUCAAUCUACACACACAACACCGGCCUGCCAGAACACGUACAGAGUGGGUUUCUUUCGGGAUCCAACUUUCUCCUUCCAUGGGACGUAAGCGUACGCUUAGAGCACGCACAGUGUUGGGCCGCAUCGUACGAGAAAAUACGCAACCGAAAAAAGGGCAACCAACAUUCUUCGAAAGGCUACGAGCAGAACAAAAAGUUUACACUCAAAAUAUUCAUCGGCGUAGAGUAUGAGUGUUUGCGAGGCCAUCGGUUUAUAAUGAAUGCACCGGACAGCAUUCUCCGCUGUGGGUCGGAAAUUGUGCGUGAUAGUGGCAGCAAGGUGGUGUUUAACGAUAUGCCCAUUUACUUUCCCUGUCCCUGUCGGAAUACGAUCAACAAUACGGCACAGCUGAUGCGUGUGCACAUCAUCACGCCCAAAGCACCGGUAAAUGUGAUCAUCGAUCCGAAGGUGAAGCUGUUUCAGAAUAAUAUGCAAAAUAGCAUUACCUUUACCACGGGUAUGGCAGAACCGAUUAGAUUAACUCAAAGCUCGUAUUGGAUUCUUCGCCUGCCGUUCGUUUACGAAGGCGAUAGUGGACCGUUGAUGGCACCAACAGACGUUAAUCCGGCCAGCGCGAUCAUGCACGGUGUACUGCUUGGAGGUAUGUAUGGCAUCAGAGAGAACGAUCUAAACGAAGAUUCCUUGGGAAUGGGUAUCUCCAAUCCUUCCGGAUAA